AUGAGAGAAAAGCGCCAUAUUAGGGCCGUGAGAGCGUCUGAUUAUGUAACGAAGAAGGGAUUCGCCGCCGGCCGCUUUUUGCGCUCGACAAUGUCCACGGAGAUACGGCAUGGAAAAUUCAACAGAUUAUCUGAGAUGCUUCUCUCAAACCGCGUCCGCUCGCCAACUCGCCGAUGCUCCCGCGUGCAGGUCAGCUCGACCACGUACUCGUGCCACUGGUCAGAGGCCUUGAGCCUCGCCUGGACAACAACACACAUCCACUGCCCCUUUGUUAUGAUUCGAGCGCUACAGAUAGCAAAAACUGGGCCCGUUAUAAGUAUUUCCCGAAUUGAACAUAUCAUUGUUCAGCGUUGU